AUGGGGGAUACCAUUGAUGCUGAAGCCUAUAAGCAUUGGCACCCAGAAUAUCUGGAUGCAAAGACCAUGCCGUACCUCAAAUUCAUAUUUAGGUACAGACCUCGAGCAAUACUACAAGCACAAGGCAUCAUCCCCGCGCCUGCAGAGGAUCUUGACGAACGGACAUCCGAUUCAGCCGAUUUGGAAACCGGCAUCAGUCAGACCUCGUCCACGAACAUGCAUAGCCAGAAGGAUCGCAGCCAUUCCCUCAAUUCUGUAAGGGGCAGAAAGCGUGCACGAGCGGCUGAUGACGACCUUGGACCGCGUCCCAAGCGUCGGAAUGAGGCCACAUCGUCACAAGAAGGCGUGCAUACUGGAGCGCCGGCUGCGGCCGAGCACGGAGAUGCGCACACGAAUGAUAUCAAGCCAAUGCUUGGUAGACCCUUACAAGUCCAAGAAUGGCCAGCGAGCCCGGAAAUUCUCAAUUCCCAGGACAUGAAUACAAACACGUCAGAAGCAGAAGAAUUAGUGUCUCUAGUGAGGCAGCUGAGCGGUGUCCAACAACAGCUGGAAGUCAUUCAAAGUAAGAUUGCGAGGUUCACCGGAAAUGUGGCUGGUGGUAGCAAGCCAUCAUUACAGGCUGUAAAGAAGGAAGAAAAGCCGAGACCCGGAUGCCUCAAGGUCAGAGAUUGGGAGCCUGAGGUAGUGGAUUUAACACUGGAUGAUUGA